GAUGGGGAGAACUCGUCAAUCACCUUUCGUACUGUCAACGCGCGUUUUCAAUUCGCGACGGCGAAAACAUCAAAACACAAGGAAACUUUUGUAUACAAAGCGAUCAUUUGCAUUGCUGAGACUGUGAUUUAUCAAUAGAUUUACAGGGAACAACUACGAUUAAGUGCUAGCGAGUAAAUUACAUCAAAGCUUCUAUUAAUUCUCGCGGCGAUGGCGAGCUCUUCAAGACCAGACGCUUCGAACAGGGUGUGCUGUUAUGCCCAUCCCGAAGCCCCGCUCAUCGAGGACUACAGAGCGGGAGACAUGAUCUGCUCCGAGUGUGGCCUUGUUGUCGGCGACCGUGUGAUCGAUGUCGGCUCUGAGUGGCGUACAUUCAGCAACGAGAAGAACGGGGUGGAUCCCUCUCGUGUGGGUGGACCAGAAAACCCCCUACUGAGCGGUGGCGAUCUUUCAACAAUGAUUGGACCCGGGACGGGGUCUGCUUCCUUCGACUCCUUUGGAACGCCAAAAUACCAGAACCGACGUACAAUGAGCAGCUCAGACCGUGCCUUGAUUUCAGCAUUCAAAGAAAUCUCGACGAUGGCGGACCGAAUCAACUUGCCAAAGACCAUAGUCGACCGCGCUAACAAUUUGUUCAAGCAAGUGCACGACGGCAAGAACCUGAAAGGGCGUUCGAAUGACGCCAAGGCGUCUGCAUGCCUGUACAUUGCGUGUCGCCAGGAAGGAGUGCCUCGUACCUUUAAGGAGAUUUGCGCGGUCAGCAAGAUCAGCAAAAAGGAGAUCGGCAGAUGUUUCAAGUUGACGCUGAAGGCCUUGGAGACGUCUGUCGAUCUGAUCACAACCGCGGACUUCAUGUCCCGUUUCUGCGCUAAUUUAGAUCUGCCAAAUAUGGUUCAAAGAGCAGCAACACAUAUCGCAAAGAAGGCCGUCGAAAUGGACAUAGUCCCUGGACGCUCGCCGAUCUCAGUUGCGGCCGCGGCUAUCUACAUGGCAUCACAGGCGUCAGAACACAAACGCAGCCAGAAGGAAAUCGGAGACAUCGCUGGCGUUGCGGACGUGACGAUACGACAGUCGUACAAGCUCAUGUACCCGCACGCGUCCAAAUUAUUUCCGGAAGAUUUCAAGUUCACUACGCCCAUCGAGCAGCUCCCCCAGAUGUAGAGCGGUCGCGGGAAACUGUAAUCUUUUGCUAAAGUUCCGUUCGUUUGUAAUAAACGUUGUAUGGUCGUUUCA